AUGUCGAGGGUCGAGCUCCUCAACGCAGGGGGCUUCCGCGUCGACGGGCGAAAGCAGUACGAGCUCCGGUCUAUCGCCAUACAACUUGGUGGCUCACAAGACACGGCAGCCGAUGGUUCCGCCCAAAUCACACAAGGGCUCACCAUCGUAUCCGCCACCGUCUUUGGUCCACGCGAAGCGCGCUCCGGUGCCAACCUCAUCCACGACCGUGCAUCCGUCAAUGUCGAGGUCUCUCUCGCGCCGUGGGGGUCGAUGGAGCGACGUCGACGGAAUCGUGGCGACCGCCGUCUGCUCGAGUUCGCCAGCUCGAUCAAGUCGACCUUUGAGCCGGUCAUCCACACGCACUUGUAUCCGCGGUCGCAGAUCGACAUCUUUGUUCAGGUGCAUCAGCAGGAUGGUGGAGUGUUGCCUGCGGCGAUCAACGCAGCGACGCUAGCGCUGUUGGAUGCGGGAAUUGCGAUGCAGGACUUUGUCGCGUCGGUAUCGUGCGGCAUUCACUCGACGUCGGCGAUGUUGGAUCUGUCGAAUACGGAAGAACAGGAUCUACCGCAUGUGACGGUUGCGGUGUUGCCACGAACAAAGCAGGUCACACUGGCAUCGUUGGAGACGAGGUUGCACGUGGAGCGCUUCGAGCAGAUCUUUACGCUGGCCAUCGAGGCCGCGGCGGUGUUGCAUAACGAGAUGGAGCUGGCGGUACGGGAUCGGACGAAGACGCUGGUCCAGGCGAUGACGGGUAAAACGGUCGAGUCGGGGACGGUGGUGGACGAGGUCGAUGGCGAUGGGCGCAAUCACGACGAUAUGAUGCUCGCGUGA